AUGCCUUCGGUUGUUGAAACGCAGGCUCCGCAUCUUCGGAUGUCAGCCACAAAAGCAGAACCCUCGGCAGCUGCAGAAAAGACGUCGGCGAGAAUCACGCCCCCGGAAACCUCCUCGGUCGACGAUCACUUCUUCUGGACCUACACGGAAGAGCCUCAUCGGUCAAGGCGGCAAGCCAUCAUCAAGGCACACCCAGAGGUCACCAAGCUGUGCGGUCCUGAGCCAUUGACCAAAUGGACUGUUCUUCUUGUCGUCUCUAUCCAGUUGACUUGUGCCUAUCUUCUACGUAACACCUCGAUCCUGGACUGGCGAUUCCUCGCCACUGCGUACGUGGUGGGAGCCACGGCGAACCAGAACCUCUUCCUUGCCAUCCAUGAAAUCUCUCACAAUUUAGCAUUCCGUUCACCAAUGGCCAACCGUCUGCUCGCUAUCUUUGCCAACCUGCCAAUCGGACUACCUUACAGCGCCGCCUUCCGACCCUACCACCUCACCCACCACAAGUCCCUUGGAGUAAAUGGUUUGGACACCGAUCUUCCAACCGCCCUAGAGGCUUUCUUGCUCGACUCCGUCCUCGGCAAAACGUUCUUUUGCACGUUCCAGAUCCUCUUCUACGCCGUCCGACCCAUGUUCAUCUACAGCCCUCCCUUCACCUCAAUUCAUUUGCUCAACCUGGUUGUCCAACUGUCAUUCGACUACAUCCUCACACAGUACACCAACUCCUUGCAGCCCUUCUACUACUUCAUCGCCAGCUCCUUCCUAGCUGGCUCUCUCCACCCCUGCGCAGGCCACUUCAUCGCCGAGCACUACUUCUUUUCGAACGUAGCCGCCGGUGGCACCGAAUCCCUCGCCCAACUGAAACAAAAGCCCGGCGCAAAGGUGGACGCGUCUCACCCGCUCAGCUCUCUCGCUCCACCCGAGACAUACUCCUACUACGGCCCACUGAACAUUCUGACAUAUAACGUGGGCUUGCACAAUGAGCACCACGAUUUUCCAGCGAUCCCCUGGACCAGACUGCACAAGUUGCACUCUAUCGCGAAGGAGUUCUAUGAGCCGCUGCCCUGCCACAGGAGCUGGGUCUGGGUGAUCUGGACGUUUAUCCUGGACAAGAAUGUGGGACUCUGGUGUCGGGUGAAGCGUGCCGAGGGCGGGCGUGUCGUAGGUGGUGGUAGUGGCUCCUCUGGAAAGAAGACCCCCUGUGGACGCGCGGGUGAAGGUAUAUCUGCUGAGUCGGCGGGUCCGGCGGGCGAAGAGGGUGAUGGAUGGAAGGAGAGUGAGAUUCAGUUGUAG